GGAAUUUCAUCUCUUAAUUUCUGGUUUUAAUAUCACUUGUUCCUGGUUCCUGACGGCUGAUAACUAUCACAGCCUCGCGGAGUUGAUAUCCGCAAGGCUGACACUCCCACAGCCUCGCCACCCAACCCCCCCACCUUGUCGUCAACAGACAGACAGCUCCAUCACAAGAUCUCCCAUAGAUCUCCCAUCUAUACAACUCUCACAAUGUCUCAUCACUGCCACGAUGAGCAUGACGGUCAUGGCCAUGACCACUCCCACGGCGACGACGGCGGCCACGACCACAGCGACGACAUCACCCCCGCCAUCCAGCACUCGCUGUACCAACACAUCGACUUCGACGCCAUCACGACGCUGAACGAAGCUGUUUCCGGGUCUGGUGCUGCGGUUGUGAAAAAGACGUGGGCGGAGCGGUUGGAGGAUAGCCCGGAGUUGGAGAGUGACGCUGAUGAGCAGCUUUUGAUGCAUAUUCCAUUCACAGGCCAAAUCAAGCUCUACUCCCUCCUCCUCCGGACCUCCCAAUCCCCCUCCGCCCCCCGCACCCUCAAGCUCUUCGUAAACCGUAACGACGUCGACUUCGACCUCGCCACUCAACUCACCCCCACCCAAACUCUCCACCUCUCCCAGACCUCCGAAGUCCAAGACAUCCCGGUAAAGCGCGCGUUAUUCGGCACGGUGCAGAGUUUGACGCUGUUCUUUGAGGAUAAUUUCGGGGAGGAGGUGAGUAGAGUUGGGUAUGUGGGGUUUAGGGGGGGGUGGAUGAGGUUGGGGGGGGCGCCGGAGGGGGUGUUGUAUGAGGCGGCGGCGAACCCGAGGGAUCAUAAAGUUAAGGGGGCGGAUGCGUUGGGGAUGGGGAGUCGGUUGGGGGGGUGAGGGAGGAAAUGGGGUCCGGAGGGUUUGAGAAGGAAGGGCUAUAUUGAAGAGACGCGGUAUUUGGUGGGCAGGAUGGGAAUCGACGUUGGUGUUGGCAUGGUUCAUAGGAACCGUUGGGAACAGUUGCAGUACUUGUAUUGAGUUACGGGACGCGUCCAAAAAAGCGGCAGGGUCACAGUUGAGUUGUGGAAGCUAUCAUUAUUGGAUUGACCGCGAUUGUUAAGGCAUUUGCAGAAAGAAUGCAAACCCCUUAGCCUACACAGGUCAGGUGCGGGAUGUGUGGGAUGUGCGGGAUAUACAGUUCUGUCAAAUAUUAGAAGCCUUCCCCAUACAUAAACUGCAUAAACCGUCGUCCACUCCAAAGACACCUGCAUAACGUUACUGCACCAUCACACCCCGUACAACGCCACCCCGCGUUAUUCAUCCACCAUCCACAACGUGGAGCCUCCCCUUACUCCUCCCACACUCUCCCAGCCCAACCCCAGUAAUGAUCUCACCCACCCCCAGCCCGACCCAUCAUUAUAAGAAUCCACACAAGCCUCCCA